GAGGUCUGGGCGGAGGGCUGGCUGGCAGCGGCUGGGGCCGCGAGCGGGGAUCGCGGCGUGGAGGUGCUAGCAGACGCGGGCGGCGGCGAGUCCGGAGACCCCGGGCCAGAGCCGAGCUAACCGUAGUGGGGACCGGGGCCCAGAGCCGCGGCGGCUGCGGCCGGAGGACGAUGGCAGCGCCCGCCGGGGCCGGGGCACUGAUUGCAUCCCCAGACCGCAGGCGCUGGCUGUGGUCGGUGCUUGCGGUGGCGCUCGGGCUCUUGACUGUUGGUGUAUCGGCCCUGGAGGUGUAUACACCAAAAGAAAUCUUCGUGGCAAAUGGGACACAAGGGAAGCUGACCUGCAAGUUCAAGUCUACUAACACAACCGGCACGUUGACCUCAGUCUCCUGGAGCUUCCAGCCAGAGGGGACGGACACCACUGUGUCGUUUUUCCACUACUCCCAAGGGCAAGUGUAUGCCGGGAAUUAUCCACCAUUUAAGGACAGAAUCAGCUGGGCUGGAGACCUCGACAAGAAAGAUGCAUCAAUCAACAUAGAAAAUAUGCAGUUUAUACACAAUGGCACCUACAUCUGUGAUGUCAAAAAUCCUCCUGACAUUGUUGUCCAGCCAGGACACAUUAGGCUUUAUGUUGUAGAGAAAGAGAUUGUGCCCGCAUUUCCAGUUUGGGUGGUGGUGGGUAUAGUUACUGCUGUGGUCCUAGGUCUCACUUUGCUCAUCACCAUGAUUCUGGCUGUCCUCUAUAGAAGGAAAAACUCUAAACGGGAUUACACCGGCUGCAAUACAUCAGAGAAUGUGUCACCGGUUAAGCAGGCUCCGCGGAAGUCCCCCUCCGACACAGAGGGUCUAGUAAAGAGCCUGCCUUCUGGAUCUCACCAGGGCCCAGUCAUAUAUGCGCAACUAGACCACUCUGGCGGACAUCACAGCGACAAGAUUAACAAGUCAGAGUCUGUGGUGUACGCGGACAUCCGGAAAAAUUGAGAAGACCCCAGUCAUAUCCUAAGCAAGAAACAAAUCCAAACUGGACUCUUGUGCAGAAAAUGUAGCUCAUAACCAUGUGUGGCCUUGGAAACCUGGACACGGACAAGCACAUGUUUAUUCAUAGAGGGAGAAAAAGAAAUGUAUAAAGGAUAUGUAUAAAUAUUCUAUUUAAUCUUCCUGAUGCGAGGAGCCAGUAUUGCAUGAUGAAGAGAGAGAUGGUAUGAUUCUAAGUAUACGUAAAUUGUCUGUUUUUGUACUUCCCUUCAGGGUCAUUUACAGUUGAGAAAAUUCAGACACAUUCCUAUCACCAUCAUUUAGACGUGGUUUGCCUUAAUGGAGAUGGUAGCAGAUCUUUUAGUAUUCUAACAGACAUGGCCUUUUCAUGUAAGGGCUUAACCCGCCUUAGCGUUUAUUGUACAUGGAGAGUGGAGCUGCUAUGAUGGAAGCAUGUUCAGGGUGGCCUUUAGCCCAGGGUGUACCACCUAUUUGGCGGUUGUUUUUAGAAAGCAUCCAUUCACUAUGCCACUUGGAGACAGGGUGAGAGUUUUUGUUGCUAUUUUGCUCUCUAAAAUACAGGGCAGUUUUUAGCUUUCAGUGUUGUGUAGACUAUAACAUCACACCCUGUAAGCAUAUUGUCCCGAUUUGUGGAUUCAUCAUAGCAAGAUUAGC